AGUGAAUAUAACUUAAAGAAGAAGCAUCAAAACAAUAACACGUGCGGACGUCGAAAUUUAAAAUUUAGCAUUUGCUUUUCAUUUUGUAUAGAAUUUAAAUUAAAUUAUUGAGAAAAACUUCCAAAAAUCAUGACUGAUAAUAAUAUUUUAGAAGUUUUAUUUGUAAGUGAUACCAAUGAUCAUCAAUUAAGCUGUUCAGUAUGGGACUAUCGUACGGGUACAAAUCUAAUGAACUAUAAAGGUGGUGGCGGUGGUGCCGCAAUGCAUUCCCUUAAUCUUUUACGUUCCGAAUAUGUAGUGGCGGCUAAUUUAACAAAACCUUUGUUACAUGUAUGGCCGAUUAAUAACCAGGAACAAAUGACAGCCAUACGUUUUGUGGUUCCGGGAGCAGUGACCGCCUUAGCUUUAUCGCCUGAUGGCUGUUAUAUAGUGGCUGGUAUACAGGAGACCAUUUAUAUAUGGCAAUUGUCCACCGGACGCAUGAUGGCCAGUUUGGGCAAACAUUAUCAAACUGUUACUUGUCUGAAAUUCACCGAUGAUGGUUCUCAUUUCGUAAGUGCCGGCAAAGAUGGCGCUGUCUUGGUGUGGAAUCUAACACAGGUUCUGUGUCGUAAUAUCGAUGGUAGUUCGGAGCCUACUUAUACCUUUAACGAUCAUGGUCUGCCGGUAACGGAUGUUCAUAUUGGUGCCGGUGGCAUUAGAUCGUAUAUGUUCACCGUUUCUUUGGAUCGUUCUUGCAAAAUUUAUGAUUUAAAUAGCGGCACAAUGUUGCUGAGUGUAGUAUUCGCCGAGGGUUUGCAAAGCGUUAUAACAAAUGCCAUGGAGACUUUGGUGUUUGUGGGUACCAAUACAGGGAAUAUUUUCCAGUUUUAUAUUAAUGAUAUUCCAAGAGUUAAGGAAUACCACGUUGAGGAGCAACCAAAAUCUUUUCUUGGACAUACAAAAGGUAGUUGCGUCAAUUGUUUAGCCUUAUCUUUAGACGGCCAAACUUUAGUCUCCGGUGCUAGUGAUAACCAAGUAUUGGUAUGGAAUAUACCAAGUCGUCAAUUGGUUAAAACUAUGCAAUUCAAAGGACCCAUAACAAAUCUCAAAAUAAGAUUAACAAAUCCAGUAGUUUUCCAUCCGGAACAUAAACAACCGCAAGUUUUCUGUUCAAAUCUUAAACGUAUGUUAGACCCAAUUGAACAAGAUGAAGAGCAGGCCAUAGAGGUAAUGGUUAGCAACAGCUAUGAAGAUGAGUAUGAAAGUGAUGAAUACAAGUAUGCCAACAGACACUUGGAUUAUAGUUCCUCUUGUAGUAAUAUGCUGCCCGCAGUAACAAACAACACGGCCGCAGAAAAUAGUGAAGAAUUAGAAGCAUUGCGUCAAGAGGUACAAAAACUAAGACGUGUUAAUAAACGCCUGUUUGAGGUGUCCAGUAAACAGCUAUUAAGAAUGAAAAAGUAAAAGCUGUAUGGCUUUAGUGGAUUAAUAUAAGUUUGUAAUACGUUUCUUUGAAUUAUUGUACUUUAUUUCGACGUCUAAGAAUAAAACAUAAAUCACCCAAUUUGUAA